UGCCCGGCCCGGGGAAGGCCCAGCCGGGCGGCGGCGGCGGCAGCGUCCGAGCCAUGGUCGCGCUGGAGAACCCCGAGGGCGGCCCGGAAGCGGCGGAGGGCACCCCGGGCGGGCGGCGGCUGCUGUCCCUUCCCGGCUGCCUGCCUGCCCUCGCCAGCUCCCAGGUGAAGAGACUGUCAGCGUCCAGGCGGAAGCAGCACUUCAUCAACCAGGCUGUGCGCAACUCAGACCUCGUGCCCAAGGCCAAGGGGCGGAAAAGCCUCCAGCGCCUGGAAAACACCCAGUACCUCCUGACCCUGCUGGAGACAGAUGGGGGCCCGCCUGGCCUGGAGGACGGGGAUGUGGCACCCCCUGCAUCACCCGGCAUCUUCGCAGAGGCCUGCAACAAUGCCACCUACGUGGAGGUCUGGAACGACUUCAUGAACCGCUCAGGGGAGGAGCAGGAGCGGGUCCUUCGCUACCUGGAGGAUGACAGCAAGAGCAAGGCGCGGAGGAAGGGCCCUGGCCGGGGGGAGGACCGGAGGGAGGACCGAAGGAGAGAGGACCCCGCCUAUACACCCCGCGAGUGCUUCCACCGCAUCAGCCGGCGUCUGCGAGCCGUCCUCAAGCGCAGCCGCAUCCCCAUGGAAACCCUGGAGACCUGGGAGGAGCGGCUGCUCCGGUUCUUCUCCGUGUCCCCCCAGGCCGUGUACACAGCCAUGCUGGAUAACAGCUUCGAGAGGCUCCUGCUGCACGCUGUCUGCCAGUACAUGGACCUCAUCUCGGCCAGUGCCGACCUGGAGGGGAAGCGGCAGAUGAGGGUCAGUAACCGGCACCUGGACUUCCUUCCACCCGGACUGCUCCUGUCCGCCUACCUGGAGCAGCGCAGCUGAUGGCGGCCCCUUGGAGCCCCCACUGCCGCCUCGCCCAGCACCAAGCCCUUCGAUACUUUUCUGCUGUCGAUACCUGUCACUCACGUUUUUAGAAUUUGUCUUUGGAAACGUUUUUCUUUUGGGGUGAUCUCUCUCACCCUGCUUCCUCCUCACACAGCUCUCGGCAGUGAACAGACACCGCUGGUGGCUGGGACUUCCCAUCCCAUCCUAGCUCCAAGCUGCCCACUCUGGGACUUGUAUUUGGGUGGGGAGACCCGGCCUGGGUGUGUUCCUGUUUCUUCAUUGCUUGGCUUUUCUGGCCCAGUCUGAAGCUCAAGUGAGGAGGGGGAGGCUGGGUGGGUUUUUAAUCUCUUUUAAUGAAUUUGGUGUGAUUUGUUGUAGAUUUUUAAAUUUCCCUUUUGGAGAGAAAAACCAAAAAAACUCACCCCACUGGUAAAGCAUGGGUCUUGAUCCCAGCCCUUGCUCAGCCCCUCCCAGUUUUUAGCUUGAAUGAAGAAGGGGGUCUCUGGGACCCUGCCCCUCAUGCCAGAAGCAUCUUGUAUUGUGUGUGUGUGUGCGCGCGCACAUGCGUGUGUGUGCCUUGAGACCCAGGACGGAGCUGUGUCCCGAGGGCUGGUUUUAUCCUCCUGUUCUUCGUGUCCUGCCCCACACUGCCUCUGUCAGGGCUCAGGGUCCUGUCUGCUUUACACGAACCCCCCUCUUUUCUUCCCCUCCUUUAUACUGGGGGUCCAGGACUUCCAGCCAGAAGCCUCUGCCCUUGCACUACCUUGUCUGUCCCGUCCACUCCAUGUCCCACGGUCCCCCAGCCUGGCUCCUGCCUGAUAGCCCCUGUGUCCCCAUGCUGGUCCUCCUGACACAGACUGCACGAAUCAGGCUAGGGGCCUCCCUACCCCCUCGCCGAGUGUGGGUGAUUGUAUUUUGGGGGGAAGUGGGGGAUUUAAUAAAUUUCUGGUGCUCUGGC